CGUCGGUUCAAUCGGAUAAUUCGUGUAUUGGUUUGCUGCGAAGAGCUGAUAUACUUUUGCGGAAGUCCCGUGAAGCUGGUAACAUUUUCAACCUCAUAGUUGUGGAGUGUAACUUCAUCGCAUAAACAUACUAGAAAUGCAAUCAUUGUAGGACACAAAUCGACUGCACUAGGGAAGGGAGCUGUGCCACAAAUGUGCAAUCGGUACAGGUGGAAACAUCGAAAGUUACACAGGUUCGUUUCUGUACGUCUGAAAUCUUUGUAAUGAGGAAAGAGGCUGAUCCGGUUCAGAUACGUAGUUUUAGACGCUUGCACAUAAUACUCGAAAGUUCUGUCAGACAACACAAGCUGUCCGUAGAUGUCCUGAUGAGUGGUGACGGUGUCGCGCGAGACAUGGCUCACGCCAGUGACGUCGCUGUCUCAGUUUUCCGUACGAGGAACGUGUCAGAUCGACUUAACUAGCAGCGUAGGUGGCCCAAGUGCGUUUCUGUCCAAGAGCUGGCAAAGGUUUCCAGACAAGCAGACACUCCCAUUUUCAACGGAAAGUCUUGAGCCAUGCGUCGUCUCGUGCAAGCACGUAUCGACCGCCAGCGCGCGGUCGAGGUGCGAGAGAAUCAAUUGCGCGAACACCUCAAGUCGAUUUCCCUCGUGAAUAUGAAGACUCAGAGCGACAGACGCGUCGAGGCCUUGAGACGGGAGCGGGAGAAGAAGGAAGAAAUGAUGACACUUGAGUUGGAUGCAAUGUUUACGAUGCAUGAUCAAGACGCGUGCCGAAAAAAGCGACUUAUCGAGCUUGAGGAGAUGACUGCAGCAGAACUGCAGCGGGAACAGGCAGAAAGAACGAGAGCUGAAACUUACAAAAGGCGAGUAUGUGACGAGAGUGAAGAGCUGAGGCAUCUGAAAGAAAAGCUCCAGAUGGCCAAGGUUAACAGAGAAAGGGCUGCUCAAGUGAUCGAGCACCAGAUCCGAGCGGUGGAAGAAGAAGAAAUCCAAGCCGCCAUAGACGCUCAGGUUGAGGCUGGCCGCCUUCAUUUGUUGGAGGAAGAAAAGCGACUGCAACUGCAGCAUUUGGAAAAGGAACGUGCCGCCAAGGAUAUGCAGAGACAGCAGAUUGGCGAACGAAGAGAAUCCAGAAAACGAGAAGCUGCUGAAGAAUAUAACAGAGAUAAAGCCCAGGUUCAGGAUCUUAUUAGACAGCUUCUGGAACAAGAGGAUCAAGAUAACCGCAGGAAUGCUGCGAAACGAGCAGCGGAGCGGCAGCAAAUUCAAGAAUCUCUACGGCAAAAGGAAUUGUGGCGCCAGCAACAAAUAGCUCUGUCUGAACACGAAGAUGCAAAGAUUAGGGAGUAUGCCGCUUUGCAAGCUGCUCGCAACGAGAAGUUGGAUCAAGAGCGUGAGGAGAGGGAAGCAGAGAAGCGCCGAGUGCUUCUCGAAUUGUCGAGACAGAAAUUGGAAAGGGAUGCAAGAGAGAAGGAACAUCAGCAGCUUCUAGAUGACCUUCAUCUCGAUGAGAAAGAAGAGCUGGAACGGCAGAAGGCGGAAGCAGAAUCCCGGAGAAAACAAGAAGACAGAAAGGCCCUGCUUCGAGCUUUCGACGAGCAGAUGGCCGAGAAGGAACGUCGGCGGCAAGAAGCGCUGGAGAAUGAGCAGGUCUAUCGUCAAAAGCUCCUUGCGCAGUUUGCCGAGCAAGACAGGAUAGAACAAAUGAACGAGCAGAAGAAGCGCUUGAGGAUUCAAGAGCACAUGCGUCAAGUAGAACGGUUGAUCAUCCAACGACGACAACUAUUUGAAGCAGAGAGAGAAGCGGAAAAGCAGACUUGGGAACGGUUGGCUGCAGUUGAAGAAGAGAAACAAACGGUUGUCGAGCAAGAGCGCCUGCGGCUCCUGCGGGAGCAUGCUGAACUGGCGAAGUUCUUGCCCAAGGGCACCUUGAAGAAACCUCAGGAACUUGAUCUCCUUCAUGAAGCGGCUGCCCAGAAACGCCGUCUCUGUAGAACUCAGUUCACGUUGACAUAAAGCGAAGCCUCCACAGAAGAGAAAUCACAUGCAUGCUUCCAUUUCUGCUACUAACUUUUUUCCACGCGUGAACGAGUCCAAAGCAAAAUGGUCUGUUGUAUGCCGUAGUUACACGACUCCGCUACUUAUUCUCGAGGCAGCUACCGUCGAAGACCAACGUCGCUCCCCAUGCAACAUGGUCUUCCAAGCUGGAUGAGCAUAUUUGUUUUCUCCGCGGUGCGAACUUUUCAAUCAUGCCACUCGCCUGAGCUCGUUUACAUUUAUGUGCACGAGGGAUUCGCGCAUCACCCAUCAAAGAGAAUGGCACUUCCACGUGGGCAGAAACGGACUCUUGUUCAUUUAGGCAGGUUGAGAGUUCCUCGGCUCACCAUCCCAGAGAGCCUCUUGACAGAAAAAAGCAAUUUUCACAAAGAAACAAUUCAUUUAAAGCCGGUUCCUUCGUUACCAGAUGAAAUUCAAACACGCUCUUUCCGUGACAGGGUACCACGAACUGAACAAAGCAUUAGUCAGUGUUGACAGCGGUAACAGACUUGGUAGGCGUUCGCAUCGACGUUAGUAUUUGCUCGUAAGACCGUUAGCAGCCCCACACAUCGGGCUGCGUUGUCAGAUACCCAAACACACGGCACCAUGGACACAUUCAUCCACGCACGACGCAGUUUAUUCCGUGUUUUCGUGGUAGUUGAUUUGUGUCUAGUGUCGUCGGUCUCUUGCGAGCAACACCUGCUUUGCGUCAUGGAUAUGUAAGAGUCAUGUAGUAAUGUUCUCCGAAGAAAAUCACUCAAAUGAUGCUACUCGAAGCCACGGCUCUUCGGCUGACGAUAUAGUUCACGCGCAUUCGAAGCACACGCACAGACGACUACCUUGUGAUAAUGAGGCUCAGAGACCC